AGAACGGAAAAUCGUUGAUCAAUAGGAGAUAUACAACGCUAGUCCCCAACAGGUUAGAAGCUACAGUUCAAAUAGGACCUUCUCGGACCCUGCGAUGAAGUAACAAUCCUACCUACUCCAUAGACUCACGACCUGAACAUGUCACAACGAGAAGAUUCACCAUUUCCUGCUCUUGCGAGUCACUACUUAUUGCAGACGGACCCUCAAAGGGAAUACUGGCAUUGGGGCGCCUCAGGUCCAAAACUCAGAGCAGAAUUGAUGCGUAGAGGCCUCGCUCAGGAUGGCUCUAAAAUAGAACUCAAGGAAAGAAUAGCAGCCAACGACAAAUGGGGAAAUACAAAAGAAGGAAGAAUCGCCAUCUACAAUCGACAGCUUGCAGAUCUCGAGGCUGAGAGACGAAGAACGGCACCCGAAAUUGUUCCUUUCGAACGCUUCAAAUCUCUUCCCAAGGAACUUCGUAUGAUCGUCUGGGAGCUGGCGCUGCCUGGCCCACGGAUCUUAUCAGUCAGCGAUCACUGCGAGCCUGGCAGACUUCGCUUUCGCAAGCACGAUAGUCCGCCAAAUCCUGUCGCACUCUCAGUGUGUCGAGAAUCGAGGCAUGUUGCCCUUCUGAGAUACCGUCUCUGCUUCGGAACCACGAACAUAUACGCAGAUUUGGCUAGAGACGUCCUCUAUUUCGGGUCGCGUUGGAGAGAUUUUCGCACAUUUGUCCUCCGUGAAGGACAUGACGUCUUCAAAUGCAUCGCGAAUCCAGGAGUACUCAACAUAUAUCAUGGCGAGCGAUGGAAGCCAGCAUUAAGCUUCUCGGAUACCAUUACCGCAGAUUUGAAAGUGGUCCAACGGCUUGCCGUUGCUUCUCGUAUCUGGGCCGUCCCUUACUAUCGGGGGCGUAGGAGGGCACAUAGUCGAUUCUGGCCCGGAACUUCGACGCAGUCUUACGUCCUUCGCCGCAUUGAGAGAGCUGAUACUCAUCGUCAAUGAUCACCCUGAACUCUCCUCCUUUACACCGGGUCAUAUUAUCUUAGAGGAACCUAAAUCAUACCAAAACGAACAGAUUCAGGCACAUGCGAAGGGAUCUCGGGCACGUUUCUAUGCGGAGACGGCUAGUGAACGUGAAACUUGGGGCAGUAUUCCACAAGUCAAUAUUCUUGCUGAAAAGCGGAUCACCAAUAUUCCUCGGGAUGACUGGGCUGGACUAAGACCAUACGUAA